AUGGCAUCGAGUGUACAUUCCUGUCAUGGAAUUUUACACAUGACCAGUAGGCGCAGUCCCCGGGUUUCCGUCAACCUUAUGUUCCACUUGAAACUAAAUUGCACGAAAUUAGCCAAAUACACUCAUUUGCAAACUGCUGUGGUUUUUCGAAGGACUCAUCUGGAACCUAGCUGGUCGACGAACUUGCUUCAUGCAGUAAUUGACUCAUUCACAAUGUUUCUUUUUAAUCCAGGGUUUUGCCCCUGUCCUCAACUGGCGUUUACCGCCAUGCGAGGAGGCGAGCAACAACAAGAACCAAAUUAUUUCAAUUCAGUAAUUAUAAGGUUGCUGAAAAUUAGUCGACAGCCCACGACCGAUUUCGCCCUUCUUGGGACUCAUCAGUUAGGCACAGCCCCCGAGUUUCCGUCAACCCGACUGCAACAUGAGGCGGCCUGGUGCAGCACAUUCAGCUGCCUGAGAACAUCACAAACGAGAGAUUCAGCUGGGUUGCAGGUGAGUCUCUCGAAAAACCAAAUUAGUUUGCAAAUGAGUGUACAUUCGCUAAGACUACUAAAUGUUUUUAAAGGUGAUGACUUUCUGACACCACUGAUAACCGUGUAUUCAUGCACCAACUUACCAUCUCCCGUCUCCAAUGCGCAGGUACCUACCCAACCCAACCCCACCCCAAAUCAACGGUGGACGAAAUUGUGGCAGCCGCAACCACUCCACGACAAGUACGCGGCCCCCAUAGCUGAUAAUGAAGUGCAAAGACUCUUAGUUCUUACCGGAGUAUUGCCUGAGUCUGGUGGGAACACCGGAUCAGUAAUGCUGAAAUACGCCGAAUGGUAUUCGGAAGAAAUAACUCGCCCACGAUGGAUGAACUGGUCAUACUCUAUCGGUUGCUCUGGCUUGGCCACGUGCUGCGUAUGCCAGUCGAUCGACUUCAUCGAAAGGUUCAUUUUGCAGAACGACACCCAGGGUGGAAACGAGCUAGGGGAUCCCACUGACAGACCUGUACUUACGUACCAAUUUGUCAGCUCCCGCCUUCAAUGCACAGCCACCUACCCCACCUCUCUAAAUCAUCGGAGAACUAAACUGUGGAAGCUAAAACCACUGCACGAUGAGUACGAAACUACUCACAAGGUUGCUGAAAACUCAUCGACAGCCCACGACCGGUUUCGCCCUUCUUGGGGCUCAUCAGGUAGGCGCAGUCCCCUAGUUUCCGUCAACCUUACGUUCUACUUGAACCCAAUUUGGACUAUUUUCGAGAAAUUUGGUUUUCACGAGCGACUCAACAAAAUCCCUCCUUUAUGA